AUGUCAAAGACGUACUAUAUUAGUUUAUAUCUGCUCUUUCUUGGUGCUUGUAGUGGCAUCUAUUCAGACUGGGAGAAUAAUUGGCAAAUUUUGUGUCCAGCUUUGUAUCCGAGAGUCUUCACAAGUUUCGCACCAAGUGGUAAUUUAACGGGAGGAAUUUUUAGAAAGCAGCCGCUACUAACGACGACGAAUCGUUGCGUCGCUACCUGCUGCAAUCAACAAUUAUGCCACGUAGCUUUAAUGUACAAUAUGACGUGUUACCAUGUGCAAUGUACUUCGUCAAAAAUGUGUAUGCCUCUUUAUCGAGCAAAAUUAGCUAACGCCAAUCCUCCAAGCAUGGUACUCGUCAAGCCCGUAGAGGAGGACGAGACUUGGAACGAUCUCUUGGAGCAAGAAAAUGAUAUGUCAAACCUAAUGAUGUCGGAUGGCAACGAACAGUUUUCAUUUUUUGGCGCGAGCAAACGUAGCUGCAGCGGCUUAGAGGAUUGCGCUGAAAAUGAAGUAUGCCUAAAAACUAGUAGUAAGACGUCUAAUAUUGGAUCGUGCGAAUGUAUACUUGGAUAUAAAAGAAAUCUUGCUGGAAUUUGCAGCUCUUAUCGAGAUCUUCAAAAUCUUGAUCUAGCAAUAACACCGGAUAUCAACGAACCUCGCAUUGCUAAGGAGUCGCACACCUCGGUCAAGCCGCCGGUGAAGCAAAUAUUUGUUAAAACAGUAUCUAAGGAAGUGCGUUUACCGGAAAACGGGGUGACAUUAUCAGCUUUCACAGUGCCAGCGGAGGAUCAAGUGAACGGGCAUUAUAAUUACGCGUGGACGCUAUUGAGUCAACCAGAAGCACACACUGGUACAAUGACGGAUCAAAAUGAAAUGACUGUUAAAUUGAGUAAUUUGUCGGAGGGCCUGUAUAAAUUCAAAGUGACCGUGAACGGAGAAAAUAGUUAUGGAGAAGCCUACGCAAACGUCACCCUACUACCUCCUAAGCGAAUAAAUCAAGCACCAAUUCCUAUAAUAUCGCCGUCCGCUCAAAUUGUAAAGUUACCAAAUACCGGAGCUGUAUUGGAUGGUUCGGCUAGUAAGGACGAUGAUAAAAUAAUUUCCUAUCGCUGGGAAUUACAGCAGGGCCCUAUCGGAUAUCAGCCAAGACUCGUUGAUACACCGACGCUUCAGUUAGAUAAUCUUAUUGCUGGAAAUUACACUUUCAAACUAACCGUUGAGGAUUCGAAUCGCGUGACAAACUUUACAACGGCCAAUAUAACAGUUUUAAAAAUAACCGAUUAUCCACCAAGUGCCAAUGCCGGCCAAGACGUAAUAAUUUACUUGCCUCAAAAUACUCUAUCUCUUAACGGCAACUUAAGCACGGACGAUCGAGGUAUCGUCGGAUGGGAAUGGACGAAAAGUCCAUUCGACGAGAACAAAGCCGUUGACAUGCAAAACACACGAACACCGUAUUUACAACUUUCAAAUUUAGAAGAAGGGAUGUACACUUUUGUGCUUAAAGUUAUCGACGAUGCGGAACAAUUUUCAACCUCGGCGGUGCACGUAUUCGUAAAACCAGCCACCAACAUGCCGCCUAAAGCCGACGCUGGAGAUGACAUUACGAUUGCCCUGCCACAAACCGAGGCCAUUCUCAAUGGUUCAAGAAGCAAAGACGACUUUAAAAUCGUUUUUUAUUAUUGGGAGGAAAUCGAGGGUCCUAGUACAGUAGUUUUCACAUCGGCCAAUAAGUCCGUUACUAACGUCACCAGAUUAACGAAAGGUGAUUAUUCGUUCAAGUUGACCGUUACGGAUGACAAUGGCAACAAGGACUCGGAUCUUAUGAAACUUAAAGUCACACAGAACAAAAAUGCACCGCCAAGGGCGAACGCCGGUGGCGAUUUUACCGCAAUCGCGCCCGUAAAUGCUCUUAUAAUCAACGGUUCGCAAUCGACUGAUGAUUUAAAAAUUAAAGAAUGGCUGUGGACUAGAGACUCGACGAGCUUGGCAAUCGGCAACAUUAUCGAAGCUAGUGACAAGUCGCCAAUCUUAAUGGUGACGGAUGUGCUUCCGGGCCGUUAUGUCUUUAGGCUAAAAGUUACGGACGAUCAAGGAUUAAGUAGCGAAGACAGCGUAUCGAUAAUAGUCAAACCGGACGUACAACUACUCAAUUUAGUUGAAUUAACAUUGAAUGUCGGAGCGCAUUUUUUAACGGAGUCUCAGAAAGACUCGUUAUUCGUUAAAUUGCAAAUGCUACUUCAGGAAGAGGUUUCGAUCAUCGUUCGAAAUAUAAAAGCAGAGCCUCGUACGGGCCGAGUUGUCUUAACUUUUUAUGUUGAGAGAAAGGAUAAUAAGUCGACGAUGCCAGGCACCGAGGUAGUCGACAAAUUGAAGGAAAAACUUGGACAAGACUCCGGGAUCUUGCAGUUAUCGGUAACGAAUGUCGAGACGGCUAUUUGUCAAAAUAACUGCUCGGGUCAUGGAACGUGUAAUCAAGAAACCAGGCAAUGCCUAUGCGAGGCUUUUUGGAUGCAAAAUCUUAUUCAAUUGUAUUUCCGAAAUGGAGAUUCCAAUUGUGAAUGGAGCAUAUUAUACGUAAUCAUAGCUGUACUCUCUUUGGUGAUUUGUUGGAUUGGAUUUAUUUGGGGUUUGUUUUGCUUUUGUCAAAGGAUCUGUUAUGGCAAACGACGACUUUUGCGCCCAAAAAAGAAACCAACUCGUUAUUCCUUAUUGAAGCCCGAGACUGAAAAUGGAAACACAACAUGGCCAAAGUGGUCGAAUCAAAUGGUUUUAUCAGAAUCUGAUUCAGAUUCAGAGGAUGUAAUGUUUGAUAAAAGUAAAGGUAAAAGUAAUGGCAAUUUAAGGAAGUUUGAUCAGAAAUUGAAAACAGAUGGAUUUUGUUGAAUUUUCCAACAUAUUUA